CGCCAGUGUAAAUGUUCGGCCUUGCCCAGAGGCUGUUGACAUCUGCUGUGUUGGCAGUAUUUACCUAUUUAUGCCUGUAUCAUAGACCUUCACCUGCCUGGCGAGAGACCACGCUACAGUUAAGGAGGAGUCUUGCCUCUCUCACCAUCACACACAAGACUGGUAUAGUGAAGCAGUCAUGGCAGACCAGACGAUCUUCCUUCGGUGGAAUGACCACCAUAAUUGUAUCCUGCGCAUGCUCUCCAACAUCAGAAAAAAGGAACAGUAUUGUGAUGCCACAAUAAUGUGUGAAGGCCGUUUCUUCCCAGUUCAUAGGAUUGUUUUGGCAACCUGUAGUAGCUAUUUUGAAGAUAUUUUUGCUAAACUUAAUUGCAAUCAUCCAAUGAUUGUUUUAAUGGAUACUAAAUCUGCUUAUUUAGAAGUUUUGUUAUCAUACAUGUAUGGAGGAGAAAUAGGCAUCUUGGAAAGAAAUCUUGCUGAUGUUUUACGUACUGCAUCUGCUCUUAAAGUGAAAGGGCUCUUUGAGCACACAGUCAGUAAUGCAGAUGUAGAAGUAAAUAGAGAGGUAAAGAUACCCAAACCUCACUCUAACAUACAGUAUAAUCUGAAAUCAAACAUGAUAAAUGUCAUUCCGGCAAGUGACCAGCAAGAAGAAGAAAGUAACAAUGAAAUAAUAGAUUGUGAUAGUCAACACACAGAAGUCAAACAGCUUACACAAAUGAAGUUACCUAGACAAGGUCCAUCAUCUUCAGUUGUAGUAAAGGAUAAUUCACCUAGACAAAGUUCAUCAACUUCAUUUGCCAUAGAGGACAAUUUGCCUAGACAUUGCCCAUCAGUUGCAGUUGCCAUAGAGGAUAAUUCACCUAGACAAGGUCCUUCACCUUCAGUUGCAAUUAAGGAUGCUUUUAAAAUUAAUGGAAAUUUCAAAGAUAGCAUGCAAGAUUCACCAGGUAUGUGUAUUUUGCCAAAUUUGGAUAUGAGCUUGGUAGGGUCACAUACACACACACAAUCCUUGGAAGAAAUGUUGCCUGUGGAUUCCAUUGCUGAUGGAGAAAAUAGUCAUGAAGAUUUGGUGCUGUGGAGAGAGCACACAAGUUUGAAACCACAAAACAAAGUAAAUAUGAGGCAAACACUCGCCGGCUCUGAUGUGGACCCUGCUGAUGAGAGUAUAAUGGAGGAGAUAGAUUUGAAGAAUGAAAGUGGUGAAUUGUGUCCACAGGCAAAGAUUGAUGGUGAUUGCAUCCACUGCAGAGAGAUUUGUGAUUCCAAUUAUGCUAACAGCACAUUAAAGGACAAAAAUGAGAUACCCGUGGGCACCUUUUUCCAAGAAAAUAAGAUCCCACAUGACAAUUAUCCAGAAAAUGAGGGUGAAAUUCAGUUAUUCAAAGAUGAUCUCCAUUUGAGCGCGUCGGUUACAUACAUUAUUAAUGAACAUCAAGAUAAUGAUAUGUGUGUGACUAAAAGCAGUAUGGCUGUGCAGAAUAGUAAUACUACUCAAGACACUACAAAUUUACAGAGGACUGAGGAGUCUUCUGGGUCAGAGUCUAGUGUAAAUGCACAUGCUAUAGAAACAGAUAAUGCUGUUAAUCAUUGCAGUUAUGAAAAGAAUGAGAUCAGAACUAUAAAUAAAUUUAACAGUAAUGUACAUAAUAAAAAAUCCGUGCCUUUAGCAUUAAAACGUCUGAAUGUCAGUUGGUAUACAAAUAGUGUCACUGCAUCAAAUACUAGUCCAUCUCGAGCAUCUGUACCAAUUGAGCAAAUUAAAGGACAGUCAAAGAUAAUAAAAAUGCAGACAAACUCCUCAGGCUCAAGGUCUCAGUCUGCAGCAAUUUAUGGCUCUCAGAUUGGAAGAAAUCCAGAACAAAAAAAUUCCAAGGAAGUAACUUUGCUCGAAACAUCAUUGAACAACUACAGAACCCGGUCCAGAAAGGUUGUGGCGAACGCAGAAAAGAAACCAAAGAUUCCAGAGAAUGCCAGCCUUGAUUAUGAUAAAUCACAAGAGGAUUUCAGGUGUUCUUCUCAAAACUCCCUGGGAUUGAACAGCAGUAAUUACACAAAAAGUCAUUUUUCAAAUUCAGAUUUUGGUGAUAACAUUUCAUGUAUUACCUUGGCUUCUAAGAAUGCAGGAAGAAUGAAAUCUACAGAAACUAUAAAAUCCUCUAAAUAUGUUUCAGUAAAACUUAAUAAGAGUAUUGCACAAAAAAUACUUGAUAAGUAUGCAAAAAGUAGGAAGUUUAAAAGUCAAAAUAGAAAAAUUUAUUCAAAAGAAAAAAGUUUUGCUUGCACUCUUUGUACUUACAGAUGCAGUCAGUACAGUAGACUAUAUGACCAUAUUAAAAUUCAUUUAAUUGAUAAUGUGUAUGUUUGCCAUAUUUGUUGUUUCAAGUCAAAAAGUCUACAAACUGUUAAUCAGCAUGCCUGUUGUCAACAUAAGCGUCCAUCAUCUGGUGCCGAUGUCAGCAAAUUAUCUAAAAAAAGUAAUCUUCCUCCUUGUACUAAAAAAGAAUCUCUUUCAUGUCACUUAUGCCCUUUCAGAACACUGCUUGAAGGAUCUUUAAAGCGUCACAUGCAUUCACACAUUAGAAGAAACACACACACAUGUGGCAGAUGUUUUUAUAAAUCAACUAAUGUUUCAAAUCUUGUUAAUCAUGCUGCUUCUCAUGAUAAGCCAUUUGUUUGUGAGCAGUGUUCAUACCGCUGUAAGAAUAGUGCAAGAUUGAAGAUUCAUACACGGAUUCACACGGGGGAGAAACCAUAUUCUUGUCGGUUUUGUUCACAUAGAGCAUCUUUGUAUGCUAACGUGCUAAGACAUGAACGUGUAAGGCAUCCUGAUAAAAUCACCAAAAGAAAACGUAAGGAAUAAGAUAUAGUUCAGGCUUCAUUGAAAGACUUCAUUUCUACAACAAACUUUUACCAAUUAAAAAUGAGUGCUGUAUACACUCAAUAUAUGGCAGAUGGAGUUGUUUUUGUUUAUAUAACUUUGCUUCAGUUGUACUGCAUGUGCCAUUGCAUGUUUUGGGUUAGCUCUGCUCUGCAUGGGAAUAGGGACUAAACCUGUGGAAAGUAUGUGCCCCUAUUCUUCAUAACUACUCUUUGUACACACCUCAUCUCCCCUAUCAUACCCUGCAUUCCCUACUGAGGAUAACAGAUCAUGUGUUCUGCUCUAUGUAUAAUGUGCAUGAGGAGUAUGCUGUUGUUCUGGAAUUGUAGUUUUAUUCAGAGGUGGUCACCAGUUGUAAAUAUUUUCCUGUUGCAGUAUUAUGAUAUCUGGAUGAGGUUCUGGAAGUUGUUCUAUUCCCCAGGGCCAGGCUUAAGAGCUUGGUCCAACAGGAUGUUGCUUGAACAGCCCACAUAACCACUACAGCGUAGUUGGUCUGGCACUUAUUGAAGAAAACUGUCUAGUUUUUUCUUUAAGAUUUCCACUUUCGUUUCAGCAAUAUUUCUUAUACUUACUAGGAGAUUAUUGGACAACCAUGGACUUUUGAUGUACAUAUAGUGUUCUCUGUACCUUCUGUACCUUCUGUACCUCUGUACCUUCUCUAUGGCACCUCCACUCUUCACUGGUUCUAUUCUGCACUUCCUUCCAUAAGUCAUUUCAGUAUGUUGUUAUUUUACUGUGCAAAUUCAGAAUCUGGCCUUCCAGUUUCUUCCAUGUAUAUAAUAUUUAGUAUCUGUGUUUCCUUUUUAGAGAGUACAUUUGGAGAGUUUUGAGAUGAUCCCAAUAGUUUAGGUGCUUUAUUGUGUAUGUGUGCUGUAUAUUCUCUUUAUUCCCUCUAUUUUGGCAAUCUCUCCUGCUCUAAAGGGAGAACAAAGUAUGGAGCAGUACUCAUGGCAGGACAGCACAAGCAAUUUGAACAGUAUGAGCAUUGUGAUGGGAUCCCUGGAUUUGAAGGGUAAUCCAUCAUAUAAUUUUUCUAGCUGGUGUUAUGUUUGCUUGGUUAAAUAUUAGGUUGCCAGACAUUAUUUCCAGAUCCUUUACAUGUUGCUUUCCCAUCAUGGGCAGAUUUGAUUGUGUUUUUUUUUACUCUAUUUUGAUAAAGUCUUCAUUUUAACCAUACCUAAGUAACUGGAACUUAUCACUAUUAAACAUAAUGUUAUUUUCUGCUGCCCAAUCAAAAAAUUGAUUAAUAUUAGCUUGUAAUUUUUCUGUCUUCUACAGAAGUAACAUUAAAACUGAUUUUUGUCAGAUGCAAAAGGAUGACACGAGGCUGUGACUUGUAUUUUUUUCAAUAUCUGCUGUGAGAAUAAGGACGGCAGUUCUUGCCUAGGUGUGCUUGUGGGGAUAGAGCUUUGGCUCUUUGGUCCUGCCUCUAAACUGUCAAUCAACUGGUGUACAGAUUCCUGAACCUAUUGGGCUCUAUCAUAUCUACAUUUGAAAGUGUGCAUGGAGUCUGCUUCCACCACAUUCCUGCCUAUUCAUCAUUCCAUUUGUUAACUACCCUGACAUUGAAAAACAUUAUUUUUAAUAUCUCUGUGGCUCAUUUGAGUACUCAGUUUCCACCUGUGUCCUCUUCAUGUUCCACCCAUGCCUAAUAGUUUCUUUGUCCACCCUGUCAAUUCCUCUGUGAAUUUUUGUAGGUGGUAAGGUAGGUGAAUUUUGUAGGUGGUAAUCAUGUCUUCCAGGGAUGUGAGGUUUAGCUCUCAUAGCCUUUCCUCGUAACUCA